GCAUGCUCACCUCUCCAACACACAACACUCGCCUCCAACCGACCCCUCCCCACACGAGCACCACCUCCUCUUCUCCGGCGCCGGCGACGAUGACGCUGACGAUCCCCGACGACGUGCGCGCCAAGGCGGAGAUCUACGUGGGCGACGCGGCGGGGAAGGAGAAGACGCGGUUCCUGCUGGAGGAGACGGGCCUCCCCAGCGGCCUACUCCCGCUCAAGGACAUCAUCGAGUGCGGCUACGUGGAGGAGACCGGCUUCGUCUGGCUCAAGCAGCGCCGCAAGGUGGACCACUACUUCGCCAAGGCCGGCCGCCACGUCAGCUACGGCACCGAGGUCUCCGCCAUCGCCGAGAAUGGCCGGCUCAAGAAGAUCACCGGGGUCAAGGCCAAGGAGAUGCUCAUCUGGGUCACGCUCCACGAGAUCUGCGUCGACGACCCGCCCACCGGCAAGCUCAUCUGCAAGGCCAUCGGCGGGAUCUCUAGGAGCUUCCCCGUCGAGGCCUUCGAGGCCGACCACUCGCUGCCGGUGACCGACGGUGCUGCUGAGGAGGUGAACAACAAAGAGACCGCCGAGGAAGAGAAGAAAGAGGAGGAUACCAAGAAAGAGGCCGCUGGGGAAGAGAACAAGGAGGAGUCCGACGCAGCUAUUGAUGGGAUCGAGGAGAAGCUGAAGGAGAUGAGCACGGAGGUGGCGCACGCCGAGACAGUGGCCGCCAAGAACUGAUCCAUCCAUCGCCGCUAUCGACGCCAUGGCCAUGGCCAUUUGCUGUUCAUUACAUCCACAACAGAGGAAAUUAAAAGAAAGAGAAGCUCAAGGACGACGAUCGAGAUGAGCUUGAUACUUUGAUCAUCUAUCAACUGUACGCUAAUUUGGUUUUCGAAUAAAUACUUCAUGCAUGUAUUGCCUAUUAAUCUUUCUGCUGUUAAACACAUAAGUACUAUCAA